AUGCCAUUGCAGAUUGCUUUGGAGAGCAUUAAACUCGGGAUUGUUAUGACCUUUUUUCAACCGAAAGCACUUGAAGCUUUAAAGCCUUCUGAAUGGGAAUUACAAGUUGAAACAAUGUUGAAGCAUUUACUUGAUACAUUGCACACUAAAAUGAUUGUUUUGGUCGUCGCAGUGAUUUCCUCCACUCUAUGA